UAAUGUUCAUCUUAAAUCAUAAAAUUUAAAACCGCGCUUUGUGUAUAGUAAUUUUAAAUAAUAUUUCAAUAUUAACAUGUUAUAAACGGGCUUCAAGAUUAUUUAUAAAGCUAAGCAUACGUGGGAACCAUGGAUGAGAAAGAGGAGUUACAUUUAACCUCACCAGAAUUGCAAGUUCUUUCUGAACUUGACAGUCGUCAGUUUGGGUUUCUGAAAUUGCGUGGGACUGAACAUGGAAGGACACGCGCUCUUGUCCUCAAGGCAGUCAAGUAUUUGGAGGGGAUGCUUGUACAAGUUAAGGAGGAAGAGAGAGGAUGUUCACCUGUGGCCAAACGUGACAUAUGCAUAGAUCCAAAAACCUUCUGUAAAUUGGGCCACUUCCAUUUAUUAUUAGAAGACUAUGCAAAAGCGAUGUCGGCUUACCAAAAAUUCUACGCACUGGAGCAAGAUAACUGGAAAGAUCCCCUGUUCCUCUACGGAUUAGGCCUUUGCUACUAUCACUACAAUGCUUUUGAAUGGGCGACAAAGGCGUUGCAAAUGGCUCUGUACGUGUCGCCGGGGUUCUCUCGGGCCGCGGACGCGCACCUUCGGCUGGCGCUCAUGUUCAAAGCGCGCCGGCACUGGGCCGCCGCGGCGGUUCACUUCAGGAGGGCUCGCCUCGCUCCGCACCAAGACGCCACCUUCACCCGCCUCGAGCUCAGCUUCCACGCCGCCCACCUGCUGGAGGCGCGGGGCUUGAGGAAGGCCGCCAGGGACGCCUACGAACGCCUCCUCGAAGAACCGAAACUCUCGUCGACACUCAAAGCUGAUGUCUGCAGACAAUUGGGGUGGUUGUACCAUCGAUGCGUGUCUCUGGGCGAGCCCGCAGCGAGGGCACGUGCGGCUAUAUGGUGUCUCCAACGAGCCGUAGCCGCCGAGCCGGAGUCUGGUGCGGGCCUAUACCUUUUAGGGAGGUGUUUCGCUGCUCAAGGCAAAGUCCACGACGCCUUCAUCGCGUACAGGAACUCUGUCGAGAAGUCGGAAGGGAACGCCGAUACUUGGUGCUCGAUCGGUGUCCUAUACCAGCAACAGAAUCAGCCAAUGGACGCGCUCCAAGCGUACAUAUGUGCCGUGCAGCUUGACAAGGGACAUUCGGCGGCGUGGACGAACUUAGGGAGUCUCUAUGAGAGCUGUCAGAUGCCUCGUGAUGCAUUCGCGUGCUACACCAAUGGAGGUUCGGCCGCGACCGCCAACAACGCGGCGUUGAGACAGCGACUGGCGUUCUUGAAAGCGCACCUGGCACUAGCACCUAUGCCCUCAAUCACCGGCAAGCGACGUCAGCUGCCUUCCAUCGAGGAGGCCUGGAACCUUCCGAUCUCCGCGGAGAUGUCGUCCCGGGCGCCCAAGUCCGCGCCGCCCCCCUACCCGGGAAAGCGGGACGAGCUCUCGCAACACCAGCUACACACGCUGCACUAUCUGCAGAAAAACUCCCACAACCUGACCCCUCAGCAACAAGCGUUGAUGCAGCAGCUCUUAUCGCAGUACCGUCUCGCUCAGGCAGCAAAAACUCGUGCGGUGACGAAACAGGAAGGUAGCGGCAGCACGACCGGCAGCGACACCACGGAAUCGCUUGCCGAAGAUUUACUGAAGAAGUUCUCUGACGUACAGCCUGAGAUCAAGAAGGAACCGAUCAGCUCCGAUACAAACACUAGCAACUCGAGCGGCAAUGAGGCAGUAUUAUGCGGCAGACAACCCGUCGUCAAACUCGAGCCGCUCAAGACGGAUCCACUUAAACCCGUUACAUUCCACAUCGGUAUGAACUCCAAACAGAUUCUCGAGGCUUGCAAAGAUAAUGCCGGUCCCGCGACCUCUUGGUCGGUACUCGGAGACGGGUGCGGUCCCCCCGAGCCUCCCUCCGUCCCCCCACCGCGUCUCUCCCCCGAACAACUCGCACCCCCCGCUCCUUUCGUGUACGUAGAGUCCAAGCGCGAAGCCUUUUCGCCGCAGCUGCAAGAUUUCUGCCUGAAACACCCCAUCGCCGUGGUGCGCGGACUCACCGCCGCUCUUAAACUCGACCUCGGACUGUUCUCGACGAAGACACUAGUGGAGGCGUGGCCCGACCACGCGGUCGAAGUGCGCACGCAGCUCAUGCAGUCCGCUGACGAGAACUGGGACGCGACCGGGCGCCGCCGCGUGUGGGCCUGCGCCUCGCACCGCUCCCACACCACCGUGCGCAAGUACGCGCAGUACCAGGCCGGCUCGUUCCAGGAGUCUCUGCGCGAGGAGCGGGAGCGCGCCGCCCCGCUGUCCGACUCGGACUCCGGUCCCGCCAAGCGCCGCCGCGCCGCCCGCAUGCUCCGCUUCGGUACCAACGUAGACCUCUCAGACGAACGCAAGUGGCGCCCGCAGCUCGCGGAGCUCCAGAAGCUUCCUGCGUUUGCGCGCGUCGCCUCCGCCGCCAACAUGCUCUCCCACGUCGGACACGUCAUCCUCGGCAUGAACACUGUGCAGUUGUACAUGAAGGUGCCCGGCAGUCGCACACCAGGACAUCAAGAAAAUAACAACUUUUGCUCUAUCAACCUUAAUAUCGGCCCCGGCGACUGCGAGUGGUUCGGCGUUCCGGACGCGUACUGGGGAGGCGUGCGGGAGCUGUGCGAGAGACACGGGCUCUCGUACCUGCACGGCUCCUGGUGGCCCGACCCCGACGAGCUGCGCGCGCACGGCGUGCCCGUGUACCGCUUCACGCAGCGGCCCGGCGACCUCGUGUGGGUCAACGCGGGCUGCGUGCACUGGGUGCAGGCCACCGGCUGGUGCAACAACAUCGCCUGGAACGUGGGACCGCUGACGGCGCGCCAGUACACGCUCGCACUCGAGAGAUACGAGUGGAACAAGGUGCAGAACUUUAAGUCCAUAGUGCCAAUGGUACACCUUACGUGGAAUUUGGCGCGGAACAUCCGCGUCUCGGAUCCACGACUGCACCGCGCGAUGCGCACAUGUCUGAUGCAGACCCUCCGGGCCGCGACGGGCACGCUGAACACGGUGCGCGCGCGCGGGAUGCCGAUACGGUUCCACGGGCGCGCGCGCGGCGAGGCGUCGCACUACUGCGGCGCGUGCGAGCGCGAGGUGUGGCACGCGCUGCUGGUGCGCGAGCACGAGCGGCGCCACGUGGUGCACUGUCUGCAGUGCGCGCGGCGGGCCAGCCCCUCGCUGCAAGGGUUCCUGUGCCUGGAGGAGCACCACAUGGACGAGCUGGCGCAGGUGUACGACGCGUUCACACUGCACCGGCCGGCGCCGCUGGGGGCGCACGCCGCGCUGCCGCCGGACUGAGCGGCGCAGUGCCGGUACUGUCGCCGGGAGCCCCGCGGUUCCGCACUUGGAUGCAGUAUUAUGUCCGCCGGAUGGCCGCCUCGGUCGAAGCGGCGGUCCCGGCUUCGCCUUUUCGACCAAAAUAUGUAAUAGUUAACGUAGCCGAAGAUCGCGAUCUAUUUUGCUACACGAAUCGUGAAUUUAGAAUAUGUUGAACAGUAAUAUUUUUGGUGAUACAAAGUAAUUUUUAACAUUUACGCUCCUCGAUCACUUUUGUAAUUGUGUGAGAAUUAAAAUAAGAAUAGAGUCAAUUGUCGGUUAGAAGAGUAAUAGUGCAGGCGUUCGGAUGUUCGGAUGGCCGUCGGUAGUGUAUCGAGCCCGGGAGUUGGAGCCAGCCCUUGAGGUUUUGGACGUGUUCAUUAUGUGUUUAUUUUGUAUAGAGGCAUAUUUAUUUAUUUUAUCGUAUUGUGACUUUGGUUUUACUAGACAGAUUUAGCGAAUAGUAGUUGUAGGCGUAUUGCACAGAAUGAGAUUCUGCGUUUUAGCAGGGCCGAUGAGAUGUGCCACGAUGUCCCAAAGAAAGUAACUCUCGUGAGCCGUUGUCGAGGACCGAGGACGGGAGAUUGUAAUGCAGUCUUGUUUCUGAACUUGUAAUGACGUUUUUGGGAUCUGACAUUAUUUUAUUUUAUCGACUGUUUGGACUUUAAUGAAAUUAGUCAAUAUUAAUUUUGUUCAUGGAUUGGUAUAACGUAGGAUGAAUAGGAGUAAGCCCAGGGUCGGCAGUAGCUACUCUAUCUCGGCACUAAACGUUUGUUGUUUGUUUCUUGAAGUUUUAUUGAUAUGUUGUGAGAUUUCAAUGUUGCUGUAAAUUAAUUCGAAGUGUCGACGGUAGAGUAGAGUUGAGAAUGGAAAGUUGGCCAGAGUGUAUAUGAUGCCGAUAUAUUUAUAAGUAAUUAAACAUCACUGCCAUGUAUGACCUUACUGUUUAUACUGUAAUAUUAAAUUUUUUAAUAAAGAAAAAGUAUCAUGA